GUACUGGACGCUGUCACUUAUAACUGCGUCCUUAACGGACGUUUACGGCAGACCACCUUCCACAAGAUUGAAGAGGCCUCGAACCGGACCAAGAUCGCGGUCCAGUCAACAUAUCUCUUUCUCGCUCUCAACUUUAUACAAAAUCCACUUAUAGUUUCUACAAACAACCGCACCGGACCGCGAAAUUAGUGCGGUCUAGCGCACGUUCGUGUGUAAGGUAGACCGCCGUACGACCGUUAAGGACACACCUAUAAAUGGGAGCGAGAAAAAGAUAUUUUCACCAAGGUCUCGGUGCAGUGCGGUCGGCUGUGGAUACUAUUAUGUAGAGUGUUAAAAUCGCAUGCAAUCGCAUGUCAUUUAUUGCCAGAGGGCCUACCGCGAACCACGUUCAACGUGUUGCCUCUCUGUCGCACUUGUAAAUUCGCACGUAAGUGUAACAGGGAGGCAACACGUCGAACUUGGUUCGCGGUAGGCUCUCAGAUCUGUAGCAGCCUAAUUUGUGUAGAACCCCUUAAUAAUUGUGUAGACCCCUUUAGUCAUUCACAAUGACAAUGUCGGGUAGAUUUGAUUCGAUUUAGCAAUGGCUGUUAUAACUUAUAAUAGUCUUAUCUAAUUUCAUUUAUUCUGAAGAAAUAGAAAAUAUAACACCGCACGAGCAACUCUCUACGGACAGUCAAAAUAAUUUAUUUUGCACCUGAAAGAUAAAAUCACAAAGUGAUUCUUUUCCCUUGUGCAUGUUAGAAACACAAGUAAUUAAUGAGUUAUACAAUACUGGAUUACCUGAACGAGGAUUGCUGGCGCGCCGUGCUGCAGUACGUGCCUCUCCGGGACAUCAUGAGGACGGAGAGUGCCAGUAAACGGUGGCAGACAGUGAUGCUUACAUACUUGCAAGGAGCCCGUAUCAGCAUUUUGAAUUAUGAUGACAUAGAUGAUGAUAUGCUUUAUGAUAAGAACCUGCCAUAUAAUUGUAAUGUGAAGCUUGUGAGAAGUGGAAAAUACUGUUCAUUUAACAGUUGGACUAAAAAAUUGGGUUCAUCAGUUGUGGCUGCUUAUAGCUACUAUCCCGAAUGUUUCAAAAUACUUCAAGAAAACUGCUCUAAUUUGGAAACUCUGUAUAUCUACCGUACGUUGAAUGACUAUGACUAUGAAGUGAGGCCAUACAACCUACAGAAAAACUUCAAGCGUCUGCAGAAUCUUUGCAUUGAUUCAUGUCAUGCAUCUGACAAUUGUGUCAGUCAACUCAUAGCUGGCAGAGCAUUAACGGAAAUAAACUUCAACGGUUGUUUUCUAAUGACUGGUGAAUGUUUGAGUACUAUCAACACAACUAAGCUAAAAUCCCUUGUUUUCAAAUGUUGUCCGGAUGUACAAUCCAGAUCCUUACUGCCUCACUUAGUCCGGUUGAGUCAGCUCACAAAGCUUAAAGUGUCUUUAAUUGAUAAAGAAGUAUGCAGAGAUCUUCGUUUGGUGUUGGAUAAGAUGCCUAAUUUAGAAUGGUUAGAAAUAAUGUGUACUGGUGAACCCUGGAAUAAUUAUUAUACAAACGAAACAUUAUUAUGUCGACUGACUCGUUUGAAGCAUCUUUGUGUUGAUUUUAAUUUAGAGGAUUAUGAUGUGGAUGAUGUGACGCGGUGCUGCAAGGAACUGCGAUCUUUGAAGUUGUCCCAAUGUGGAAUUCUGACCGAGGACAGCGUGGAGGCAAUCUGCCGUAAUGCGGGCGCCAGGCUGACUACACUGUCGUUGUUGCAAUUUUAUAAACUGGAGGAUGACCAAUUGCUAGCACUCAUACGCGGCUGCCCCCAACUCACGUCGCUGGCCGUGGGUACGCUUGCGCUGACGCUGGACGUAAUAAAGCGCGCUGCGGAGGCGCGGCACAAGGUGCGACCGGGGCUGCUCCUGGAGCUAGACCUCGCCGCAACCAACCUGCCGGAGGACUUGGAAUAUUAUGAAAAUAUCGUUGACAUAGAAGGGCAAAUAGAGACGAAGUAUGAAGACCUAAUCGUUUUGCUUGAUGAUUCCGAUAGAAACUUCUGAGGACACAUCCAGCCUCCUCGCUGGGUUGUGACAGAUGUCGCUAAAGUGCGCAGGGAAAAAAAGAUCCAAUAAUGCUACAGAUUAUAUCUACACUAACUAUUAAAAUAAAGGUUCUUAAAUAUAAUUAAA